AGAUAAAUCAACUUGUAGAAGAAAUUCAAAGGCUGCAGGGAUGUCUGUCGAAAUUACAAGAAUCGUCCAUGUCACAAAUAAAUAGAUUAGAAGAUCAACUGGAACAAAAAAGACAACAUAUUUUACGAUUAGAAACCAAACUAGAAACUCAAAAAGACUACGAAGAUUUAAAAAGAGAAAUAAGUUUGUUGCGAAUCGAUCUAGUAAGCAAUCCUGAAGUAAAAAAUAUAGAAUUAUUAUUAGAAAAAUCAAAAAUUCUGCCUCAAGAACCAAGAGAUAAAUCGCCAUUGAGGGAAAGGGAAAGUGAAGGGGUUGAUCAACAGUCAUCACAAACCCCUGCCCUGUCUAUCACCCCUCCCAAUAACCUCCCGCCUCCUUUCCAAAACGUUGACGCUUUCGGUAGUUUACUAGGAGAGGAAAUAGUUUCCUCCUGGAGGAGAAACAUUGAACAAAAUCGUGUAACACCAAAAUCACCCUCUACUUCUUUAGAUGGUCCAUUGAAGAGUUCAACUCCAAUUAUCGCAGACUCUACAGCAGACAAGAGUACGACGUCCACCCCGCAACCAAUAGACCACGGCUGUCAACAGUCUCCGAUAGAGAAUUUAGUCAACGGAAAUCCCAAGAGUCCGCAAGAAGAUAACAAUAAUCACCACGUUAGUAACAACAAUAUCACUCUGUCCGCCAUGUGUGCUGUUAAUAACUUUUUGAGGACUGAAGAUACUUUGAAAAGUCCGUACAGAUUUGACGAUCAUCGGCCAACCUUUAAAUUCGCUGAAGAUCUAGGGUUGCCACCCGGUUCCAUGGUAGGCAGACUUGGCGAGAGCCUUAUUCCUAAAGGCGAUCCAAUGGAAGCGAGAUUGCAAGAGAUGCUAAGAUUCAAUAUUGAUAAAUACGCUUCACAAAAUUUAGAUACCCUUCACAUAGCACGAAGAGUACGGGAACUUCUCUCUAUCCACAACAUUGGCCAAAGAUUAUUCGCUAAGUACGUCCUAGGGCUAUCCCAAGGAACGGUCUCGGAAUUACUUUCGAAACCUAAACCUUGGGAUAAAUUGACGGAGAAGGGGCGGGAUAGCUACAGGAAAAUGCAUGCUUGGGCUUGCGAUGAGAACGCAAUACUCUUGUUGAAAUCGUUGAUACCAAAAAAAGACCAUUUUUCAUCAACAGGCAAAGAAGCCGGCAUGCCACCCUUCGGUCGUACAGAAAAUGAUCAUCCGGACGAAAGACUGGUUCAUAUUUUUAACGAUGCCAAUUUUCAUCAACAUAUAAAGCAACAACAGCAUCAGCAACCCGAAGAUAGCCACAGUAACGACGACUCGAAAUCGCCACAAGGUUGCGGUAGCCCGUUCUCCAGAGAUUCUUCGCUAAAUAAGAGACUCAAAAAGUAUGAAAAUGACGAUAUCUCCCAAGAGAAAGUCGUCCGUAUUUAUCAGGAAGAGCUAGCCAAAUUGAUGAGUAGGAGAAUGGAAGAUUUUAGAGGAGGACCAAGAGAAGGGCCGUUUCCCGGCGGAAAUUCAUUAGAAAGGACUCCCGAAGACCUUCGGAUGGUGCUAGACGCCUACCACAGAGAAUUCGCUAAGCUUAACCAGGGACAAAACCCAUCCCAGAUGCCGCUUAGUCUUCUAGCCAUCCAACAGCAAGCACUAGCCCACCACCAUCAACAGCAGCAGCAUCAAACAUCCAACGGGGGAGUCCAAGACCUCUCUAUUCCUAAAGACAAAAUAAAAAUGGUCAACGGGGUAAUGGACGAGAAAGAAAAAGAUGAUGAUCAUUUGUCGCGGCAUUCCGGAUCAGCUUUUAGCUUAGUUAGGCCAAAGAUUGAGCCUAACGCUGGAUCGACAACUUCAAGUCCUCUGGGGAACUCUAUUCUACCUCCUAUGACUCCUACUGAUGACUUUGCUGGAUCAGCUGCAGCAUCGCCCUUACAAAGGAUGGCAAGCAUCACAAACUCCCUUAUAUCACAACCUCCAACCCAACCUCAUAACACCUCAAACAAUCGACCUCUUAAAGCAGUAUUACCUCCUAUUACUCAGCAACAGUUCGACUUGUAUAACAAUUUAAAUACUGAGGAUAUUGUUAAGAAAGUCAAGGAACAACUAAGUCAGUAUUCUAUCAGCCAAAGACUAUUCGGAGAAAGCGUUUUGGGCCUGUCCCAAGGCUCUGUUAGUGAUUUAUUGGCCAGGCCUAAACCUUGGCACAUGCUGACGCAGAAAGGCCGAGAACCUUUCAUUAGAAUGAAGAUGUUUCUAGAAGACGACAAUGCCGUCCAUAAAUUGGUAGCCAGCCAGUACAAAAUUGCACCGGAGAAGCUUAUGCGCACUGGAGGAUAUGGAGGAGCUUGUACGUCCAUAGGCAAACCUAUGCCUCCUACAAAUAAGAUGCUCUCCGAAGCAGCGGGUCUUCUUAACAAAAUGCAAGAAUCCCAAAACAUUCUACCACCAAGUCUUCAAUUGGGUCCUCCACCGAGUUCCAACCCCCAACCUCCACCACCACCGAUGCUUCUUACGCCUCCAGGUCUACCUCCACAUCACACUAUUAACCUCCAAAACCAAGAUCUCAUGAAGAAAGCCAAUCAUAGCCCGCAUGGAAUUCCGCAUACACCAAUGAACCAGCAGCACACAUCACUAAGAAACAUGCAUCAACAUAUUUCGCCUAGCGUCUACGAGAUGGCAGCUCUUACACAAGACUUAGAUACUCAGGUCAUUACAACAAAGAUCAAAGAAGCCCUUCUUGCUAAUAAUAUUGGUCAAAAGAUAUUUGGAGAAGCCGUUUUAGGCCUAUCUCAAGGGUCCGUUAGUGAACUGCUUUCCAAACCAAAACCUUGGCAUAUGCUUAGUAUCAAAGGUCGGGAGCCUUUUAUAAGAAUGCAACUAUGGUUGAAUGAUGCCCACAACGUUGACCGAUUGCAAGCCUUAAAAAACGAAAGGAGAGAAGCCAAUAAAAGACGAAGAUCAUCAGGUGCUGGUGCACAUGAUAACAGUAGUGAUACAUCUUCAAAUGAUACCUCAGAGUUCUACCAUUCGAAUUCCCCAGGUCCUGGACCACCGUCCGCCAAAAAACAAAGAGUACUCUUUAGUGAAGAACAAAAGGAAGCUUUAAGGCUAGCCUUCCAUUUGGACCCAUAUCCCAACGUAAAUACCAUUGAAUUUUUAGCUACAGAAUUGGGACUGUCUUCCCGAACUAUAACGAAUUGGUUCCACAACCACAGGAUGCGAUUAAAGCAGCAAGUCCCACAUGGGUUACCUUCUGAACUACCACCCAGGGAUCAAAGCGGGAAUCAGCAAUCAUUUGAUCCAGUGCAAUUUAGAGUACUCUUAAACCAAAGAUUAAUGGAGUUGUCCAAGGAACGGAUGGGUCUUAGCGGUGUUCCUUUACCGUAUCCACCAUAUCUAGCGACCAACGCCAACCUAGCUGCUCUAAUUAGCCGUGGACUCUUACCUACAGGUGAUAUGGAUUUAUCAGCUCUUAACAACGCUGUUAAAGAACAGAUGAGCGGGUUGGAUCUAACAAUGACUUCUUUAAAGCGAGAACCUGGCGAUUAUGACGACGAUGACGAUGUGGAGAGCAACGUGGGUUCGGAAGACUCGAAUAUGUCCGGAGGAAGUCUACAUGGAGAAGUCAAAGUCGAACCCAAAGAAAUACCUCCUAACCUAGGUCGAUCUUCGCGGCGAAAGCCAGCAGCGCCGCAGUGGGUCAAUCCCAACUGGGAGGAUGAAAAGGAGAAGCAGAACCCUGGAGACGAGGUGAUAAUAAAUGGCGUUUGUGUAAUGCAGGCUGCAGACGAUUAUGCAAGAAGAAAUUCCGAAGAGACGGUGAGGGUUGAACCUCAGGCGGUGAUGGACAGAUUUGAGGAUGACCAAAGUGACGCUUCUUCGAUAAGUAACGAACAAAACGAUAAAUCCGAAGAUAAGUGCGAAGAAGAACCUGAGGUGAACACUGAAAGUGAGAACAAAGCAGAAGAUAGUGAAAAUAAAAAUCUAAAGCAAGAAAACGAAGAAGAACGAUGGGAGUAUUAAUUCUAAGACGUUCUAGUAUUGUUUUUUAAGUUGUUGUUAGUGUUAAAGUAUGGACGACCUUAUAGACUUCGAUAGAAAAGGGUCGUAAGAAUUAUUUUGUAAGGUAUACAAGUGCAAUCACGAAAAACGAAAAAUUUAUCCCCAAGUUUAUUAUAAAUAUUUAUUAAAAUGUGAUUAAUUGUUGAAAUCACUGGAAGGUGUGCGUCCAGUGUUUGCAGCAGUUUUUUUUUUGUUGAAAUAUAAGCAUUUUGUAUUUCAAAUUCUUGCCAAUUCUUAACUAUUUUUACUUAUUGGCAUUAUUUCUUUUCAUAUUUUUUUUUUAUUUCGAUUUGUAUUUAUGUAGUUAUUAUAAGACUGUUACCGUUAUUAUUAUAUAUAGUUAGCUUUCGGGCUAAAAAAAGCAAAGAAAAUGUUUUGAACAUUUUGUGAUAUACACUUUUACAAUUUUUAUUUUUUAUUAUAAAUAUCGAAGUUAUUAUUGUGCUUUCCAAUUUAAUUUUUUAAGAGUACCCAAUGGCCAAAUAUGCAAUGUUCUAAGCAAUUUUCGUAAAUUUUAAUUCAAUGAAGAUUUCAAUAAGUGCGAAUAAAACUGAAUUUUAAAUAAAAAAAAAGACAUAAAAAAUUUCAUUGAAAAUGACAAUAAAUCGAAGAAAAUAAAAACUUUAUCUGCAUUGUUGCCAUGUUACCAUGUUUCUAUUUUUUUUUUAAGUUGCGAAAUUUGUUAAUGAAACUCAAAUUCCCUAAUACCACGUAUUAUAUUUUUUACAGUUUGUAUUUUCUGAAAUAGUAAAUUUAAUUAUUACACCAACCUUAUUGUAAUUUCAUUCUGUAUUUGGAAUAGUUAAGUAAUUGAAUUUUGACAACGGUGUUUCUCUUUUCAUAUGAGAGCUUACUAUAUUCUUAUACAAUUACAUAUUCAGAAAAAGUUUAUUUUCCAAAAAGCUUAAAUGGCAAUAAUAUACAUAUAAGAUUCGAAUUUUCCGUACUCAUAUAUAUAUAAGAGAGUUGAUAGUCGUUGCUGACUAGUUAAUAAUUAAACCAGUAAUUAGUGGGUAAUGCAGCAAAUGAAAGAGUACUUUUUUAAGUUUAUUCCAAGCUUUCGGAAAUGUUUAUUUCCAUCAUCAGGGAGACUAAAAUAAAAUAAUACCACAUAUUAUGAUAAAGUAAGGUAAAAAAAUUUUUUUGUCAUCACUUACAUCUUAAUUAAGGUUGUUCAUUUUGGUGGUAUUAUUCAGUUUAGUAAAAAUACAAAGUAAAAUGGACAAGCUGAAGUCAAUUACAAA